AAUAAGAUGGAAGAAGCAAAGAAAACUGAAGCUGGUGAAGCACGCCGGGUUGAAGCUGAGGAAGCAAAUCAUAUUGAAGCUAGGGAAGCACAAAGGAUUGAAGCUGGGGAAACUUCAAGAUCAUCUAGGAAAGUUAUUACUUUUGAGCCAAAGUUGGUUAUAAACAAAGGGAUUUUGGGUCUUGGAUUCGUUCUGCGGUUAUUUGCUGUUUUUGGAACUAUAGGAAGUGCACUUGCAAUGGGUACAACACAUGAGUCUGUUGUUUCUUUGACUCAGCUUAUACUCCUCAAAGCUAAUUACAGUGACUUACCAACGCUCAUGUUUUUCGUGGUUGCAAACGCGAUUGCUGGUGGAUAUUUGGUUCUUUCUCUACCUGUCAGUAUCUUUCAUAUCUUCGGUACUAAAGCUAAAACCUCAAGAAUUAUCUUGCUCGUCAUCGACACGGUGAUGUUGGCUCUGGUGAGCUCUGGCGCAUCAGCAGCAACUGCCACAGUGUAUUUAGCUCACGAGGGCAACACAACCGCUAACUGGCAACCGAUCUGCCAGCAAUUUGACAAAUUCUGCGAACGCAUCUCGGGAUCUCUCAUCGGUUCUUUCGCCGCAUUGAUCUUACUCUUGCUUGUUGUUAUCAAUUCUGCUGUCUCCCUCUCACGCCACUGAUAUAUCUAUGAACAUAUGUACAUCGAUUUGAUUUUCCAUAGAAAUAACGAUGUAAUGUGUCUUUGCGUCUACAGUGACUCAAUGUCUUUAACUUUAUAUCCAAUUUAAUGUACUAUAAUGAUUUCAGAAAUUUCUUGUGAAGAGAUAGAUAUAUGCAAACUAAUAAUACAACUGAGUUAAGCAAGAA